AGCAGGAACCCUGGAAGUUGUGCCGUUCUUGUACGAUGCCGACGGCGUUCUUGGUUGUGGGCAGCACUGUCCGCGACUUCUGUAUGCUAGAACGAAACUUCUUGACACAUAUCAAACUGGUCCUGUUGUUAUUACUCAUGUUUGCCUCGGCGUUGCUUGGAAUCCGUCUCCCUGGACCUCCUGGCACGGGAGAAUCUGAGAGCUUGGGGUCUUUCAGUUUACCCCUCGCAAUUCUUCAGUUUAUCGCCGCCCUUCUUACAAUCGCUGCAGCAUUCUGGGAGUACCACACAGGUCUGGAUGACCUAAUAAAAGUCAGGGCCUUCUUUGUUGUAAACAGACUACACCAUAUCAUGAUGGCAGCUGUCACUUUCAUUAUCGUGGCCACCUGUAUCGUAUAUGCGGUCAAGAGCGGUUAGCGUUUACCAGGUCACGGUGUGGGCAACUCUUCCAUGACUCGGUGCAUCCUCUGAAUAUUCUCAUGCUCCUUCUAUCAAGGGCCAUGAAUAUUCCUCGUGAGAAUGAAUUGAAGUAUGGUGAUCCAUAUCUUCGUGUCAUCAUUCUCGCGAUAUCAUCCUCCAAAAUCCUUCCCUUCUCGAAGCAGAUCACAACUAGUUGUUGUACAAGAAUUGUCUCACUUCGUUGUCUUUACAUUGGUCGAUCUAGACACAUCUCAAUGAAAGAUUCGGUACAUUCUGAUACAUCUCACGCUCUUGUAUACCAUACUCAGCUGUAUUCGGUACAUCAUUUCGAACUCUGAUGACAGAA